AGAGCGACGACACUCCCAGCGCUGAAGGACUCUCGCUCCCUGUCACACGCGCGCACACUUCAUACACACACACACACACACACACACGCGCGCGCGCACACCAGCUACCGGAAUGCACGCCGAAAUGCUGCGUCUAAGAGCUGUGACAAGCCGCUGCAUGUGAGACGAUCCACAAGCCGCGGACGCCGGAAGCUCCCUCGUCCAGAUCGUGUCACGAACGCGCACACGGAGCGUCCAUAUUUGCUGCAGAAAUCCUGCCCACCAGACCUCUCUCCCCUUCGCCGAUGCGCUUCGGCCGUGCAUGAGUCGCUCCUUCCGGCUUCCAGCGUCCAGGACAAACCCCCGGGUGGCUUUGAUCGAGCGAGUGCCGCGGCUAGUGCUUCUGUUUGCGAGUGCACCUCAACCCGCGUCCCCGCGCACCCGUUUGCACCGCCUGCAGGAUGGCGUUGACGAUCUGCACGAGAUUUACCGACGAAUACCAGCUGUUCGAGGAGCUGGGGAAGGGCGCGUUCUCGGUGGUCCGGAGGUGUGUGAAGAUCUCAUCUGGACAGGAAUUUGCUGCCAAAAUCAUCAACACCAAGAAGCUCUCCGCCAGAGAUCAUCAAAAGCUGGAGAGAGAGGCAAGGAUCUGUCGUUUACUUAAGCACCCCAACAUCGUACGACUCCAUGACAGCAUAUCAGAAGAGGGUUUCCACUACCUGGUGUUUGAUCUGGUGACAGGAGGAGAGCUGUUUGAGGACAUCGUAGCCAGGGAAUACUACAGUGAGGCUGAUGCAAGCCACUGCAUACAGCAGAUCCUCGAGAGCGUCCAUCACUGCCACGUUAACGGCAUCGUCCACAGGGACCUGAAGCCUGAGAACCUCCUAUUGGCCAGUAAGCUGAAGGGGGCGGCGGUCAAGUUGGCUGACUUUGGGCUGGCUAUCGAGGUGCAGGGGGACCAGCAGGCAUGGUUUGGUUUCGCAGGCACCCCGGGCUACUUGUCUCCAGAGGUCCUGAGGAAAGAUCCGUAUGGGAAGCCAGUUGACAUGUGGGCCUGUGGUGUGAUUCUAUACAUCCUGCUGGUGGGCUACCCUCCCUUUUGGGAUGAGGACCAGCACCGCCUUUACCAACAAAUCAAGGCUGGAGCCUAUGAUUUUCCGUCCCCGGAGUGGGACACUGUAACUCCUGAGGCCAAAGAUUUGAUCAACAAGAUGCUAACCAUCAACCCCAGUAAACGCAUCACCGCCGCCGAGGCCCUCAAACAUCCCUGGAUCUGCCAACGGUCCACUGUAGCCUCCAUGAUGCACAGGCAGGAGACGGUGGAGUGCCUGAAGAAAUUCAACGCCAGGAGGAAACUCAAGGGAGCCAUUUUGACCACUUUGCUGGUCACAAGAAACUUCUCAGCAGCCAAGAGUUUGCUCAACAAGAAGGCGGAAGGGGUUAAGGUCAACAACAAAGCCAACACAGUGACCAGUCCCAAAGACACUGGCCCUGUCCCCGCGCUGGAACCACAGACAACUGUGAUCCACAACCCUAUAGAUGGAAAUAAGGAGUCCAUUGAGAGCGGCAACACCACCAUCGAGGACGAGGACGUGAAAGCCUGCACCAAUAACCGUAAAGCUCGCAAGCAGGAAAUCAUCAAAGUCACCGAGCAGCUGAUUGAGUCCAUCAACAAUGGCGACUUUGAUGCCUACGCGAAGAUUUGUGACCCUGGUCUAACUUCCUUUGAGCCCGAGGCCCUGGGCAACCUGGUGGAAGGACACGACUUCCAUCGCUUUUACUUUGAGAACGCCCUGUCCAAAGGGAACAAGCCAGUGCACACCAUCCUCCUGAACCCGCACGUGCACCUCAUCGGGGAAAACGCAGCGUGCAUCGCUUACAUCCGACUGACCCAGUACAUGGACGCCAGCGGCAUGCCCCGCACCAUGCAGUCCGAGGAGACCCGCGUGUGGCACCGCCGCGAUGGCAAGUGGCAGAACAUCCACUUCCACCGCUCGGGCUCGCCCACCGUCCCCUCCCAUUAACGGUAUAUCGACAUGUGGUCCCAAAAAAAAAAAUCUCUAGUUGGGAAGUGAACGACCCCCGUCACCCCAUACUCACCCCACCUCUCCCCUCUCCACUGACCCAUGACAGGACAUGACAUUGCAGGAUUCAAGUAUUAUUACGUUUUACUGUUUAUUAAUGAACGUCGUUCCAAACCACCACCAGGUGGCUGCACACUGUAUUUGGACAUUAUGAAAUGAGCAUAUUGACAAUUUUUUGUUUGUUUUUUAAGAUGUUUUGGUAUGCAUUUUAAAUAUAAAAUAGAGCUGUUUUGAAAUCUACUACUGUAACUUCUCCCAUAAAUGAGUUCCGUAUUUUUCCGUGUAUUUAUGUGCGUGCAAUACAGAAACAUUUGGAAGAUCAGAAUGUUAAAAUUGAGCUUGCUUUAGUUCUGGUGAUGUAUAUAUAUAUACAUUGUGAUUGUUGAUAAAAAAAACAUUUAAAUUGCUAUUCUUGCUAUCAGAGGAAAUAAUAGUUUACGUAAAAAAACAGUUUAUGAGCUACAUUUAUGUUUGCUAUGAGCUACUGUUUGAAUUGUCCGAUUUCAAUCUAUAAUACUAAUUUAAAUGUAAAGCGAAGCAGAGCAGCUUACACUUUGCAUCAAGAUAUGUUUGCCUUUAUAUCAGUGAAAUAAGAAAUAAGAGAAUGUAGCAUAUAUGUAAUAUAUGAAAAUUUGUGUAGUGCAUGGGGGGAAUAUUGUAAGUAAGAUCAUAUGAAACUAUAAUAUCUUCUGUUUGAUUUGUGAAUCACUGACUUUGUUUGCGUUUGUUAUGUGGUGCAUCUGUCCUGUCCCAAAUGUUUCUAAUGUCCACCAGAAUCAUAGAACUGUUGUAAAAACUAUAACACAUCCAGCGUGAAUAUCAGAACCUCAUAUCCAAAAAAUAAACUCCCGGUUCCCGAAGCACCCCUUGCAUUUUGUAUAAAAACGAGUAAAAAACAAGCACAUUUUUCAUAAUGUUUGUACUUGUAUUGUAUGACUGUGUGUAUAGGGUUACUUUAUUUUGCUCUCAGUCAUUUCCAGUGUGUUACUCAGCCAAUUGCAAAGAGAAGGUGGAGAUGAUGGAGAAGGCGCAAAGGCACUACGUCCUUCAGCUGUCACCUGGCUGUUGCUAAGUCCACAAGAGUUGUAAAGACAUUGGACCGAAGAACAUUGCAGUCCGACAGGGGGACAGGGUGAUACGAGUCGGGACGUCUUCCCCUACGUUCAGUGCUUCUACCCAGCCGGGGGCCUCCUGGCCACAGCGGGACAGCGCCAGCGUCUUCGUCAUCCUUCGUUUUGCUCUUUUCAAUUGGUUGGUUUCUUCUUUUGUAAGGGGAAAGUGUGAUAAACAUUUAUUUUGACGAAACAUAUGAUGUCAACGCGAUGCACCACUCCUUAUAUGGUGGGAACCUGUUGCCAGCACGGCAAUAGAUGGCUUAACAUGUUUAAGAAAUAAAUAAAUCAGCUUAAAGGUGUGAUAAUGAA